AUGGUCAAGGACACGAGAUUGUAUGAUCUACUUAAUGUUGAGUGCGAUGCUUCGCAAGUCACGAUAAAGAAGGCGUUCCAUGCUGCUGCGUUGCGGUGCCAUCCUGAUAAGAACAACCAUUCUGAGGAGUCUAAGAAGCAGUUCCAGGAGAUAUCGAAGGCUUACGAGGUGCUUUCUGACCCGAAGAGCCGUGAAAUGUAUGACAGGUAUGGCACCACUGAUGAGUCUGCCAUCGCGAGCCAGGAGCCCUUUGGCGAGGGGAUGUCGUUUUACAGCGGUGGGAAUCCGAUGCAUAUGUUUGGUACUUCCGCUGGGGACCUGUUUGCGCAGUUCUUCAACAGCUCGGGCGAUGCUGGUCCUUCGUUCGGGUUUGGUUCCCGAUUUGACGGGUUUGGCAACAGUGCACAAGCCCAUGGGGCAAGAGAUGGCCACAUGAGAACAGGGCCCGACAUAAAGCAUUACUUGAAGUGCAACUUGAGCGACUUGUACCAAGGUAAGAAGACCAAGCUGGGCUUAAACAGAAUGAGAGUUUGCAGCAGUUGUGAUGGUAAAGGUGGUAUGCGUGUCGCGUCAUGCAGAACAUGUAAAGGGCAAGGUGAAGUGGUGAAGACUAGAAGGGUGGGCCCCAUGGUACAGACUAUGAGCAGUACUUGUAACAGCUGUCAUGGUACCGGCACAUUUAUCAAGGACAGUGACUUGUGCUUUGUGUGUAAAGGCAGUGGAGUAUCGAAGGAGAGAAAGAUUUUUGAUGUCGAGGUUAAAGCUGGUAUGACCCAUAACCAGGUGAUUGUCCUACCAGGUGAAGCUGAUGAAGUGAUAGAGACUAGUCAUGGGCUAAUCAAAGUGCAACCAGGUGAUGUAGUGAUUGUGAUUGAUCUUGUCAAAAAUACCCAAUUCCAAGUGGUCAAUGACCAUGAUCUUGUAUUAAAGAACUGUGAAGUACCUUUGAAGACAUGCUUAUGCGGUGGUGAAAUAAUGAUAGAAGGCCACCCAUCGGGAAAAAUAAUAAAGUUGAGUAUAAUACCGAAUGAAUUAUUGAAGCCAAGUUGUUUCAAGACAGUAGAGGGUCUUGGUAUGCCUAAGGUUAUUGCAAAUAGUGAUCACGCUAACAUAGCGGGUACGGAUAUCGAUGGUUAUGGUAACCUAUAUGUACAAUUCCAAGUUAAGUUCCCAGAGAGAUUGGAAGACACCACUAUAACGAAAUUACAAGAGAUCCUGGAGCAAGACCCGAAUGUCAAGAAAGAAGAUGAAUCUGAUCAGAAACGUAUUGAUGAUGCUGUUACGAAUAGCGAUGGUGCAGUAGAAGUUGAAGAGCAUGUUCUAAGCGAUUUUGUACCAGACUAUAAAAACUUCAAAGAGUUUAAGAGAUCAAGAUCAAACAGGUCUGACAGCAGGAAGCGCAGGAGAUGUAAUGAUGACGACGAUUGUAUUGUCUCAUAA